UACACAUGAAUGUCUACAAAGUUGAAUUCAUUUCUCUCUCUCUUCCUCUGUCACUUUGUUAUAUCUUUUUCUUGUUCUUCCUGUAAUUAGCUGCAAAUAUGGUGGUGCUUGAAAUAGGCUUUUCAAAAGCCAUGAACGCUAAAGUCAUCGGCACCGGAGAAGAAACAAUAGUUCUCGCCCAUGGAUACGGCGGAGAUCAGUCUGUCUGGGACAAAAUAGUACCGGACUUGACAAAACAUUUUAGGGUUCUUGUUUUUGACUGGAAAUUUUCCGGUGCCAUCAAAGAUGAUGAAGAAGAACAAUUUGAGCCAGAAAAAUAUGCUUCUUAUGAUGCUUUUGCUGAUGAUUUAAUUUAUCUGCUGGAAGAGAUGGAUAUUUUAUCGUCGUCACCGGUUGUUUUUGCUGGUCAUUCGAUGUCUGGUAUGAUUGGUUGCAUUGCUUCCAUUAAAAGGCCUGAGCUUUUCAAGAGGCUCAUACUUAUUGGAGCUUCUCCAAGGUACAUAAACAUAGAUGACUACGAAGGUGGAUUUAAGAAAUCAGACAUAGACGAUAUCAUAUCAAACAUAGAAUCCAACUUCCAAAACUGGGCUCCAGCAUUUGCUUCUCUUGCUGUCGAUGCAACAGAUUCCGAAUCAAUUCAAAAAUUCACCAACUGCUUGUUCAACAUGAACCCUAAAUAUGCACUAUCCGUCGCCAAAACCGUCUUCUACUGCGACGAAAGGGAAAUUCUCGACAAGGUUUCGACACCUUGCACUAUAAUUCAGACAACUAACGACAUUGUCGUGCCAAACUCAGUUGCUUAUUACAUGCAAGAGAAGAUCAAAGGAAAGUGUACUGUGGAGUUGAUAGAUACUGAUGGUCAUUUUCCUCAUCUUACUGCUCCUCGUCAGUUAUUUGAUGUGUUCACUGCAGUUCUUGGCCUUUCCAGUAUUAAAAUUUGAUGUUCUAUAGGGUUUUGUUUUUAAUUUUUUUGGGUGAUUUUUCUCUUCUGGGUCUUUAGGAAAUUUGACGUGGUACAAAUAAAUGUUCUUUUAGGACAGUGUUUGUGUGUUCAUAAUUUUUUUUGUCAGUUUGAGUGUUCAUAUUUUUUUUUUUGUAAGUUUGUGUGUUCAUAAUUUGAUAUAUGGAAAUCUAGACGUGGAAUUAAAUUUAAGUAUUAAGGAUUGGAUUGCUUAA